CUGCCACUGUCCCCCGUGCUCACCCCUCCCUCCGGCCUCCGACCCCGCAGCUCCUGACCUCCACGGCUCCACCACCUCGGGGCUCGGUGCCUCCUCCUCCUCCUCGGCUUAUAUAACAAUUCAAUCCGCUCCUCAGCACAGCUCGAUCCCCCUCCGCAACACGACACCGCCACACACGCCCCACACCACACCAAUCCGAUCGAAUCCGGGGCGACGACGGCGGCCAUGGAGGCGGCGGCGGAGCUGGCGCUGCGCCUGCGGGCGGCCGCCAACGGCCGCCUCGCGCGCUGCGAGCCGCUGGCGCUCGUCGCCGCGCCGCUCCUCGCGCUCCUCGUCGCGCGCCUCGUCCACGCCGCCGCCAGCGCCGUCGCCGACCGGGGCCUCGUCGCCAUCGCCAUCGCCGCCGUCAAGUUGCUGCCGGGAGUCUCCGGCUACAUCGCGGCGGAGAAGAAGAAGGUUGUUGACAAGAUGCAAUCUGGUGGGACCUCGUCCAAGAACAACCGGCGAGCUGAGUUGCCAACCAUUGGCCUUGGUGAGGAAGUGAUAAAGGAUCUUGAAACAUUGAAGGCCAAAGAUGUAGACUGGCAGGGAAAGUGCUCUGGCACAGUAUAUAUCGCUGGAAGUGAGUCUGAGGGCCAUUUUGAAUUGAUAAACAAAGCUUACUCUAUGUUUUCACACACUAAUCCGCUGCAUCAAGAUGUAUUCAAGAGUGUGGCACACAUGGAAGCUGAAGUAGUUGCAAUGACAGCUGCUUUGCUUGGCAGCAAAGAAAAAUCAUCCGGUGGACAAAUUUGCGGCAACAUGACAUCUGGUGGAACUGAAAGCAUAUUAUUAGCAGUCAAAACAUCGCGUGACUAUAUGCGAUCAAAGAAAGGAAUUACAAAGCCUGAAAUGAUAAUUGCUGAAUCAGCACAUUCUGCAUAUGACAAGGCUGCUGAAUAUUUCAAUAUUAAAGUGCGUCGUGUGCCUGUGAACAAAGAGUUUCUUGCAGAUGUGAAAGGAUUCAAGCGAUGCAUAAAUGGAAACACCAUAAUGAUGGUUGGAUCUGCACCAGGAUUUCCGCAUGGUUUAAUUGAUCCUAUUGAGGAACUGGGGGAGCUGGCUUCACGCUAUGACAUUUGCUUGCAUGUUGAUUUAUGCCUUGGUGGCUUCGUAUUGCCUUUUGCCUGUAAGCUUGGGUACCCUAUUCCUCCUUUUGAUUUUUCUGUCAAGGGUGUUACAUCAAUCUCAUCAGAUGUUCAUAAGUAUGGAUUAGCCCCAAAGGGCACAAGUGUUGUCCUGUACAGAAAUCAUGAAAUUAGAAAGCAUCAAUUUGUUGCUGUUACCGAGUGGACCGGUGGGCUUUAUAUUUCUCCCACCAUUGCUGGAAGCAGGCCAGGUGGAUUAAUUGCAGGAGCUUGGGCUGCUAUGAUGUCUCUUGGACUGAAUGGCUACUUGGACAGUACAAGUCGUAUCAUGGAAGUUUCAAAGAAAAUACAAAGAGGGAUUGAUGAGAUCCCAGGACUGUUUGUGAUUGGGAAACCAGACAUGACCGUUGUGGCAUUCGGCUCAGAUGUUGUCGACAUAUUUGAGGUGAAUGACAUAAUGUCAUCGAAAGGCUGGCACCUUAAUGCUCUGCAGAGACCUAACAGUUUACACAUUUGCGUGACCCUCCAACACACAACUGUUUAUGGGGAGUUCCUGAAGGACCUGCAAGAUUCUGUGAACACUGUGAAAGCAAACCCGGGCCCAAUCAGCGGGGGGAUGGCUCCUAUCUACGGCGCCGCAGGGAAGAUGCCAGACAGAGGCACGGUGAAGGAGCUUCUUGUGGAGUUCAUGGACAGCUCUUGCUGAAACUGAUUAUGGCUUGUGAAUAACAGUCGAAUUGUUGUGAUUUGUUUGUUGUCUCAACAACACAAAGUUACUUACCAUUGGAAAGGGGAAACAGGCAGUGAGGGCGUUACACCAUAUGCAUACAGGACCACAACAACUGAGUGAGCAUAGCUGUGCAAUGGAGUGUCUGUAUGAUUGUACAUCAAUAACAGAGCAUGCCUAUGCAAAUGCAUUGUACCCACCAGAUUUACACAUGUAUCUUUUCCAAUAAAACAUGGGUCACAUUUCAGGCGUA